ACCGCUGGCUGGAAGAGGUACUUUUUCAUUGUAAAUCUUUCUGUAAUGGUAGGCUGGAAGCACUUGGAUUAAAAUCCCAUAAAGAAUAAAACAGUUUUUCAUGGCCCCUCCUUACCUGUAGAAUUAAGUCCAAACAGCUUAGAAAUACAUCCUUGUUGUUACUCAGUGUGGUCCUCAGAGCAGUAGCAUGGCCAUUGCUGUUAUUGUUUGUUUUUGCUCUUUUCUCUUAGCUCUUUGGGGGCCUGCCACUCAGCUCCAAAAUAAAUCACACACAGAGGCUUAUUCUUAAUUAUAAAUGCCUGGCAUUAGCUUGGCUUGUUUCUUGCCAGCUUUUCUUAACUAAUUAUCCCCUCUAUCUUUUGCCUCUGGGCUUUUUCCUUUUCUUCUCUAUAUCUUACUUUCACUCUUACUCCAUGGCUGGCUGUGUAGCUGGGUGGUGGGUCCCCUAAAAGAGCUAAGAGAAAAGAACAAAAAUAACAUUUUGGAGCCCAACUGGGGGGCCACAGAAAACAACACAUCCACCGUAGCUCCUUAGAAAUGCAAACUUUCAUCUGGUGGCGCUGGUGCACACUUUUAAUCACAGCAAUCUUUAAAAAGGACUUUAAUCCCUGUACUAUUGAGGUAGUGGGAGGUGGAUCUCUGUGAGUUUCAAGGUCAGCCUACUUUACAUAGCAAGUUCCAAGCUAGGUGGAUCUCUGUGAGUUUGAGGCCAGCCUGGUCUACAGAGUGAGAUCCAGGACAGGCACCAAAACUACACAGAGAAACCCUGUCUGGAAACACGCCCCCCCCCCCCAAAAAAAAAGAAAGAAAGAAAAAUGCAAACUCUCGGGGCUGGAGAUGGCACAUACUGUUCUUAGAGAGGACCUGGGUUCAGUUCCCAGAACCCGUUUUGCACAGCUCACAACUGUGAAAUCCAUCUUCCAGGGAUCUGAUGCCCUCCUGUGGCAUCUAGGCAUCUGUACUCAUGUGCACACACCCUCGACUCAUGUGAACAUGUACAUGUAAUUAAAAUCGAAAAUAAAUCUUUAAAAAGGACUUUAAUCCCUGUACUAUUGAGGUAGUGGGAGGUGGAUCUCUGAGUUUCAAGGUCAGCCUACUUUACAUAGCAAGUUCCAAGCCAGACAGAACCACACAGUGAAACCCUCUCUGUCAAAAAAAAAAAGCCCUAACUUCAUAAGGUUUUCAGAUAACCCAUACUUAGUCAGGCUUAGGAAGCACCUCUUUUGUAAGCCCAUGUAAGCUCAAGAUCAAGACUGUGUGUAUCCCUUCAAUUUUAAUGUUUUCUUCUCAUUGGCCAUGGGGACUGACCUCCUAUCACGCCUUCAAUCUGAUUUCUAGGCGCUGGGAGGUGUCUGUGAGCUGAGCAGCUAUAUUCUAGCCCACGUAACAGACACAGCUAUUAGCAGAGAGACUUCCAAACCCUCUGCAGCCGUGUUAGCUCUGACUGAGGCUGUCUACUUUUCGUUCAGCAAACAUUUAUUAGCUUCCUGUUGUGCGCUUAGCUGGCGUCAACGUAGGGAGAAAGCACUGAGCUCCCUUCGAGGUUUUCAGUUCCAACUCCAGUCGCUUGCCAUCCAGGGCUAGAAGUUGUGUGCGCAACACUCGGUAUUUUUCUCUACCCGACUGCGCGGCUUUUCUGAGCGUUACGGCGCCCUCCUCCUGCCCCCAGCGCGGCGCAGGCGGGGACCCACCGGUUUCGCUCUGUUCGCAGCAGAGAAGGGAGGACCCUAGGGAACUGGACCUCUGCGUCUGGUCGCCCAGCCUUGUUGUGGCUUGGGCCCACAUGGAGGGGAUCGCGGAGUCCCAGACGCCUGACUUGCGAGACGUGGAGGGCAAGGUGGGCAGGAAGACCCCCGAAGGGCUGCUCCGCGGGCUUCGAGGAGAGUGGGAGAUGGGGACCUCUGGGGACCUGCUGCUCCCGGGGGCGCCCAGCACCGGCCACGGCCUGGGGGACAAGAUUAUGGCGCUGAGGAUGGAGCUGGCUUACCUUCGAGCUAUUGAUGUGAAGAUCCUGCAGCAGCUGGUGACCUUGAAUGAGGGUAUUGAGGCAGUUCGUUGGCUGCUGGAGGAGCGGGGAACACUGACCAGCCAUUGUAGCAGUCUCACCAGCAGUCAGUAUAGCCUGACAGGUGGAAGCCCGGGCCGCUCAAGGCGGGGAAGUUGGGACAGCCUGCCAGAUACCAGCUCAACUGACCGGCUAGACAGUGUCUCUAUCGGCAGCUUCUUGGACACUGUUGCUCCCAGAGAGCUGGAUGAACAAGGACCCCCUGGGCCUUCCUGUCCUGAGAUUGACUGGGCAAAGGUUAUACCCAAUGAAGACAGGGCCAGGACUGAGGUGGACAUGACAUCCACCACGCUAGGGAGCUUAACAGCUACAUGGAAGCUCCCAGGAGAUGGGCUUCAAGGUGGACCACCCGAGCUAUCAGAGGACGACAAUGCCAAGCAGGGCUUUGAGGCUCAUUGGUACUGGGGACAGUGCCAGGAUGAUGUGACCUUCUUGUAAAAGCUUUUACCUUUUUGUGCUUUGUGGCUCAUUCAACUUUUGGCCCAAGCCUCCCUCAAUUUCCCCUCAACCUCCGACUAGACAGAAGCUAUACUGAAAUCACUUACCACAGAAAUCUGGCUUCUCUCUCUGGUCCCUGGGGAGCCUCUGCAUUUAUCCCUCAAUUAUUGGGUCCCUAGAGCUAUUUCCAUAGAGAUAUUGACUCUAGAGACCUAGUCUGUGGCUCCUGAUGUAAGGGUAUCUCCAUGCCCCUCCCUGGUAAGGUGAAGUUUUAUGAAAUCUAGGGCCUCUAGGACAUCACUGAAGAAGAGAUGGGGGAAUAAUCACCUCAUCCAAAGCCUGGGAGCCUGGGAUGCCUCUUACAAAAAAUGGAGAAUUGAGGAGGGACAUUCGGGGCCAAACUUCCAUGGAUUGGCCCUUCUAGAUGCCUUUGGAGUUAGGAGACCAACCUUUUCCUGCCUGCUGAGUGAUGUGAUUUCCUUUUAUGAUACACCAAGAGUGCUUUGCUUCCUCUGUACAGUCCCGGUUGGUGUGUGAUAGGUCUGUAUAGAGGGUAUUCCUCUGUACAGUCCCAGUUGGUGUGUGAUAGGUCUGUAUAGAGGGUAUUCGGGUCCCUGUUGUCUGCCAUUGCCUCUUACGAGAGGGAACACAUCGCUCUUCCUACAGAUGUCUGUCAUGCUUUUCUCAAGUUCUUACUUUUCAAACAUGAUGUUUUCAUUUUUUUCUCAAGGAUCUCACUUCUGUGGCUACAUCCCUGUUUGGUGCUGUAAUGAUACUCUUAUCGAGUGAGAAACUCAGAGGCCUUCACCUCAGCUCUCAAAUCUGCUUGGCUCACUUUACUGCAGACCCCUAUCUGGCCCUGGUCCUGGCCUGCCCCAUCCCUGUUUCCUGCUUCCAAAUCUGUCUGCCAGGAGUUCAGCUUGAGUGUCUUCUCAGUUCCCUCUUUAGGCUUCUGCAUUUUUAUGUGCCUCUCAUCCCACUGUUGUUUGGAAAUAAGAAGAGUGAGUUCUCAGAGUUCUGGGGACACUCUCAGAUGGUGGGAUGAUCUUGUCCUCUCUGACUCUGUGCUCACCCUUCCCUCAUCCUGGCCAGCCUUCCACCAUUUGGUCAUAAGAAUACCUUUCUGAAGUUGAGACACAAGGAAGUCCCUUGUCUGAGCUAGGUGUGGGAGUGUGGCAGGAAAAGACAGGUCCUGUGGUCCCUGGGUCUCAUCAGGGGGAAGAGAUGGAAAGUCCUUCAGGGCAAGCCCGUGACUCCUGACUUAAGGGAUAAUUGGGAGUGGCUGUAGGGUUGGAUCCCAAGGCCCUAGCUAAUUACACCAGAUAAGAAAUUCAGGGAAAUUGCCCUCUGGGGCUCAGGGAGGAGGCAGGCCCAGAGAAGGGGACCACAAAGGCUGUGGUUAAUAACUAAACAAAUAAGCCCUGCACUCAGAAGGCAGAGGCAGGUGGAUCUCUAUGAGUUCCAGGCCAGACAAGGCUAUAUACAUAGUGAGACCCAGUCUCAAAAAACAAUCAAAGAGCCAGCUGGUGGUGGCACACGCCUUUAAUCCCAGCACUUGGGAGGCAGACGCAGUUGGAUCUCUGUGAGUUUGAGGCUAGUCUGGUCUACAGAGCGAGUUCUAGGACAGCCAGGGCUACACAGAGAAACCCUGUCUCCAAAAACCAAAACCCAAAUUAACAAAACAAAAACAAAGAAACCUGAGUGACUUCUUGGAGAUUAACCCUUUGAGUCCCAGGUAACUGCCCUGUCUUUCCAGGGCCCUGAAAUUGGAUUACUGGAGGGGAAAGGGCGAUCUUUGUUCAGGACCCUCCUGAGUUGGAGGAGUAUUCCCCAAAACAGCCGUUUUCUGCUUUUCAGAAUUCCAUGUUGGGGAAGGGGAGGUAGCCAAGUUGAUUGUGUGUGUCUACUAUCCUGUCUCCCCAGCCCCAAUGCCUCAGUAGUUUUGCAACCACCAAAUCCUACAGCAGUUCAGCCUCUGGCUCUUCUCAAAGUGGUCGCUAUUUCUACAGUCACCUCAGUUUCCUCUCCACUAUUGCCAGACUUCCUUACCAUGCCCCAUAGCUCUGGACUCAGACCUCUCCUUAUUGUACCCCAUAGCUCUGGACUCAGAUCUCUCCUUACUGUACCCCAUAGCUUUGGACUCAGAUCUCUCCUUGCUGUACCCCACAGCUCUGGACUCAGCAGACCCUCUCCUUACCAUGUCCCAUAGCUCUGGACUCAGACCUCUCCUUACUGUGCCCCAUAGCUCCAGGACUCCUGCUUUCUUUUCCUCAGACUGGAAUUUCAGAUGCCCUGUUCCAGUCCACACUCUGAGCCAUCUGUAGUGUUCCUUGGACUCCCAGCCACUUUUCCUCUUUGAAGCUGUUGUAUUCCUUUUCUGAGUUACAUUUCAUCAGCUAUAAACACAGGGGCUGAAGAGGUUGCCUGCCCCCUUGUGGCCAUUAUGCAACAUUGCUGGAGUUGCUGGGUGAAAUCUCUAAGUUUAAAUGUAAUUCAGCCUAGCCUUUUAGAUCAGCCCUCCCCCGCACCCACCACUGCACAGAGGAUUAGGCUGAGAGAUGGCAUAGGUUUGUCCAGUUCUACCUGUUGUGAAACUGUAGCAAUGGCUAUGUUAGAGAACCUACUGCCUCUCUGCAAACCCACAGUUCCAUCUUAGUCACACUGCCCAGUCAAUACGCCAAUGCAAAGGAAUUGAAAACUAUUUUCCUCAUCUUAAGAUUUGAGACCUACCUGGGUAUGAUGGCACACACCUAGCCUGUAAUCCCAGCACUUGACAGGUGGAGUUCAAAGUCAUCUUUAGCUACAUAGCUGGCCUGGAACAUGUGAGCAAUCCUUCUGCCUCAGCUUCCUGAGUGCUGGAAUUACAAGUGUGAGCCACCACACUUGGCUUUGGGUAUCCUGUCUUAAUACCUUUAGACCCCAUUUCAUCAUCUGAGGAGUCCUAGAGCCACAGAAAAUGUAUCCCUUGUCCUUCCUACAUGCCUCUAGGCUGCCUGGGGGAGGCUCGGCUGUCCUGUGAGUGUGGACUUUUAUAGGGAGGAGCUGUUUGGGAGCUCAGAGAAGUGGGGAGAGCUGAGAGAUGCAGAGAGACAAGGAUGAUGAGAGUCUGAGCAGAGGAAGCACACUGCUCUCCGAGGGUGCUGGGGCUUUUCUCAGAACUCACUAAUGGAAAGAUGGUAGCUGGGGAAACAGGACCUGGGAGGGGAAGAUGGGUCUGGCCAGACUGAAUCCAUCUGUCCAGGUGACAUGAGACCAUGGGAGAGGUCAGGUGUUCGGUGUGUAUUUGGAGGGAGCUGGGAGUGGUGGUGGUAGUGGUGGUGAGGCUAAACCUUAGGUUGAAUGGAAGCUGAGUGGCAGUGUCAGUUAGAAAUAUUUGGGGUUACAGUGAACACAAGCUCAUUGUGGGUAUGGUGCCCGGUACAUGCUGAGUAUUCAAUUACACACAUUCAAAGAUAAUGAAUAUGUAUAAGCCCACAAGGAAAUGUAAUGUAUAAAAAGAAAAUUAACCUGGUUUGUACUUAAGCAUUUUAAAACAUUGUUUCUUAAUCCUAUAAACAACCCGUUGUUACUAACAUAUUGUUGGAUAGAUAAUUGCUAAUUUCAGAUAAGUAACAAAUAAGCUAUGGUACAGAUGAAAGCCAAUGUGACUGUAUGGCCUUUCAUGAAAUCCAUGGCUCCCCACUUCACCCCCUCAGUCACUCUUUUCACAUUCUCCUAGGAGAUCAGGCAGUGUAUUGGUUUGCUGUUGCUGAUGUAAUGGAUUACCACAAACUCUAGUGGCUUAAAAACCAGUUAGGCUGGGCAUGCUGGCACAUGCUGGAAAUCCUAGCUCUCAGGGGGCUGGGGCAGGCAGGUUGCAAGUUUGGGGCCAGCCUCAGAAAAGGAGUCAGACUUGGGUGAGAAUCCUCAGGCUUUUUAAAGCCUGUAGUCUGGUGACCAAGGUGGAGGGUUUCUGCAGGCUGGCUCCCUGACAAUUUCUCCUUUCCAGUACCACUGUGUGCUCCUUCUUCUCCAGGCAGAGGUAAUUACACUCCUAGCAGACUAACCCAGGCUCUCCCUGGGAAGUGCGGACACACACACACACACACACACACACACACACACACACACACACACACACACACACACGUACGUCUCCUUUUUAAAUGUUUUUUAUUCCUUAGUGAUUAAUUAUUGUUGAUACUAGAUCCGGUUUUUUUCUUUUUUUAGUUCCUGAUUUCUCAUCUCAGUCUUCUCUUGGGCAUAGGCAUACACUCAAAUGUGUCAAUAUAUGUUUGAAAACGUAUCUUUAAAUAUAUAUGCGUAUGUGUUUGUGCAUGUGUGUACGUGUAUGAUUCUGGGCUUUUACAUGUUUUAAUAUGUAUAUAUGUUAUACUUUGAUAGUAAACUAACUUCUAUCAUGACUUGCUCUCAUAUUUCAGUGACUUAACACAAUAUAAGACCUAUUUUUCACUAAUUCCACAGAGCACAGAUAUUCCUGGUUGGACAGCUUUCCUCCUCCCUGUUCAUGUCAGGCCCCAUACUUCUUCCAGUUUCAGAUGGUGACACCCUGAUUCCUGCACCGCAAACUUUCCCACCAACUUUUUACCAAGUUAUUUUACCAUCCACUGAAAUUCACUGGGACUAAAAAACUAUGAUUUUUCUGGCACUAUUAGUACAUUUUUAUUUAUUAGCUCUAAAUCUGUACAGAAAAACUUAAUAUGAACAUUUAGUUGCCCUGAAAUAAAGUUCAUACCAGAAUGAUAAGACAAA